AAAUAUUUUAUUUUAUCAAAUACUUAAUAAAAAUAUAUUGACAAAUAAAAAUGACAAUGUAGUGAAUUUCCAAUGGGAAAUAGAACUGGUUGGGUGGGAUGGGAGAGGGAGAAGAUAUCACAAGGAAAGACAUAUGCCAUCAACCUCCAACCUAAACGUCUAUGUACGAACGAUUCUGGAGAAAUGCCGCCAUAUCCAUCAUCUCAAGCAGCUUCAAGCUCAUCUCAUCGCGCUCGGCCAUGGCCAGACCCAAUUCUACGCCUCCAAGCUCGUCCGGUUCUGCACCCUCUCCCUCUCCGACCUUGGCUAUGCCCGCUUCAUCUUCGACCACCUUCCACACCCUAACGUGCAUCUCUACACCGCCUUGAUCACCGCCUACAAUCUGCACUCCGAUCACAGUUCCGCGCUUCGAUUGUACAGGGAAAUGGUGCGCAGAGGCAGUUCAAAGCCGAAUGAGUUUGUGUUUCCCUUAGUCUUGAAGUCUUGUCCGGCGGUCGUCGAGCGAUUUGGGACUCAAAUGGUGCAUACCCAGAUCGAGAAAACGGGGUUUCUGGAUUACCCGGUUGUUAAAACGGCGCUUUUGGAUUCGUACUCUAGGUUUUCCUCUGAUAUUGGGGUUGCCCGUGAACUGUUCGACGAAAUGCCUGAGAGGAAUGUGGUGUCAUGGACUGCUAUGAUUUCUGGUUUGACCAGAGUUGGGAAGAUGGGAGAUGCCAUUUUCCUGUUCGAGGAAAUGCCCGAGGAGCUGAGAGAUACUCCCUCUUGGAAUUCGAUCAUCUCUGGGUGCGCGCAGAACGGCUUGUUUCCGGAAGCACUUUUGUUUUUCAGCAAGCUGGUUCUGGAGGAAAGGAAGACAGGGAAUGCGAAUAGACCAAACCAGACUUCUGUAGUGUGUGCGCUUUCUGCGUGUGGCCAUGGCGGAAUGCUGCAACUGGGAAAGUGCAUUCAUGGGUAUAUGCUCAGGACCGGGCUUCCAUCUGAUUCAUUCACAUCAAACGCUCUGAUCGAUAUGUACGGGAAAUGUGGGAGUUUGAAACAAGCAAGAACAGUUUUUGAUUCCAGCCCCAGAAAGAAAAGCUUGACCUGUUGGAAUUCCAUAAUCAAUUCUUUUGCCCUUCAUGGUCACUGGAAAUCUGCCAUUGCUGUUUUCACAGAGAUGCUACAGUGCAAAGAUGCUGUGAAACCAGACGGGGUAACUUUCGUUGGAUUACUAAAUGCCUGCACACAUGGGGGAUUGGUAGAGGAGGGGCUUCGCUUGUACGAUUUGAUGAUGAGAAAGUACAUGAUUGAGCCUGAGAUUCAUCACUAUGGCUGCCUAGUCGACCUUCUGGGCAGGGCAGGCCGGUUCAAUGAGAUAAUGGAAGUUGUGAAGGGGAUGAGGGUGCCACCUGAUGAGGUGGUCUGGGGUUCUUUACUCAACGGGUGCAAGAUUCACGGGCAAACAGAUUUGGCCCGGUUUGCUCUGAAGAAACUGAUCAAGAUUGACCCGAACAAUGGUGGGUACUACGCAAUGCUGGCUAAUCUCUGCGGGGGACUAGAAAAGUGGGACGAAGCGUUGAGGUUAAGGAAGAUAAUCAAUGACCAGAGUGCUCAUAAGGUCCCGGGUUGCAGUUGGAUCGAGGUUGAUGGCCGAGUUCAUCAGUUCUAUUCUUUUGACAAAUCACACUCUAUGACUUCAGAUAUAUACAUGGUUUUGGAUUCUAUACUGACCCCUAUACGCCCAAACUAAGGGGUAUAUUCAAUUUAGACUUUACAAGAGUCUUUUGUAUUUUAAAAACACGUGGGCAUUCUUAAAGAAUCAUUUAAAAUCUCGAAGUAUUCAAAACCUCGAACUUUCAUUUUAAAAUACUCAUCAAUUAGUAUUGAAAAAUCAAUGGAUUUCCAAAGAGUUUCAUCAAAUAAGGAUUGUGAAGGAUU